CUCUUGUUGUUUUCAAUGAAGUAUCACUUAUCUGCUUCGUAAUUCCUCCAAAAAAAUUACGCAUGACACUACUGGGCUCUUUUCAAUAGCGAUAACAGAUUGAUAAUAAUUUUGAAUUAGGAUUAACUAAAGUCUUAACAGUCGAAAAGUGUGUUAUCAAUAUGAAGCUUCAAAUUCUGGGUCUAAUCUUACUGAGCACAGUUAUUAUUAGUGAAGGAUUCUCUGAUAGUGAAGAACAUGACAUUCACGAAGAUGAAAUCAUUGAAAAUGAGGAGAAAAUACAAGGCGGAAAGUUAUCAAACAUCAUAAAACAUCCAUACAUGAUUUCAAUUCAAAGAGAAGGUGAAACAGAAGGAGCUGCCUUUAUAAUCAACAGAAGAUGGGCUUUAACAGCAGCCUACCAUUUCUGGGGGUUCACAAACGGAUCACUGACGUUUCGUGCGGGUAGCAGCUUAGCAUCUAGGGGCCGAAAAGUGCAUGUGGAGAGUUUCUUCACGCACCCUGGCUACCUCGGCCGAUGGAAAGACGACUUGACUGUGUUCAAGCUCACCAAGCCACUGCCACUAAGCAGAACCAUCCGGCCGAUCGGGCUUGCUUCGUCUCUGCCCAAAAACGGAUCACUGGCGACUACUUGCGGCUGGGGAUACCAGAAAUGGGGAUUCAAAGCGGAUGACAAAAAUGACACAUUAAGAACCACAACAGUGAAAUAUACGGAGUCUAAGAGCUGUCUCGAUUUCUACCCAGGCGAACUAAAUGAGGGAAAUUUCUGCUCGUUGACUGAAGGAAAAUCACCAUGUGUGUUUGAUUGGGGAGCGCCCCUGGUCUUCAAAGGAAAAGCAUUUGGUUUGUUCGUCGGGGGCCAUGGCUGUGGGAGUCUACAAAGUCCACCAGUCUACAUUGACCUCACCAAGUACAAAAAGUGGAUAAACUACAUCAUCAAAAAACACUAAAAAUCUUAUGAGAUUUGAUCGUGCCAAUAAUAAUUAAUGUCAAAAAUUAAUCUAAACUUAGAUUUAUUAAUUUGAUAACCGGGUUUGUAAUAACUGCGAUGUCAAAAUCGUUUAA